CGGCCGACUCCACCUGUAAUCAAUCUUCCGUUCACAAUCCCCAGAUAUUCGAUCGCCACCACAAUUACAUCCGCGUGAUACUCAAUUACACUCCCUGAAAAUAUCAUCACCAGAGACCAAAAAGGCAGGGAGUACUUCUUCUUCUCCCUCCAACGAGCACAUAGUGAUGCUUCCAUUAAUGACGCAAGGCCACCUGAUCCCAUUCAUUGCCCGCUAAAUCAUCUGCGGCCUCGUCACCAUCACAAUCGUCACCACCCUAUCAACCUCGACUCCCUCCGGCGCAACCUCUCCUACGAACCCACCGUCGCUACCCAGCGCUCCAACAGAUCACAAGUCGCUGACGACGACGAUGAAAGCUCGGAAGGAGGAGGAGUUGUUCUUGACCGUGUAUGGGAUGGAAGGGAACAACGCCGUGCACGGUGAAACCAUCACAAACACCAUCGCGACGUUCGUUAUGAAGACGUAUCAGAUGGUCAACGACCCAUUGAUGGACAACCUCAUCUCCUGGGGGAAAGCCAACAACAGCUUCCUCGUCGUCGACCCUCUCGAUUUGUCCAAGCGAAUCCUCCCCGCUUUCUUCAAGCACAACAAUUUCUCCAGCUUUGUUCGCCAGCUCUACACCUACGUAGGGUUCAAGAAAGUGGAUCCGUAUAGGUGGGAGUUCGUGAGCCGAUGGUUUCUAAGGGGGCAUAAGCAUUUGCUGAGGAAGAUAGUGAGGUGGAAGCAAUGCAAAGGGUCGAUGUUGAUUGAGGAUUUUAUGAUGGAAGGGAACGAGGAGAUGGCAAUGGAGAUUGGGAGGUUAAAACAGGAGCAGAGAUCGAUGGAGAUUGGAGAAGCAUCUGGAAGGGAUGAGCAAGCAAUUAAGGGGUUUUUUUUUAAUUUAUAAUAAUUAAUUGGAAAAUAAAAGUACUUUUAUUUUAUUAUUUUUAAUUGUUAUGUCACUCGUUUAACGGUCAACUAUAAGAGUUCACCGUCACAUCAGCAGAGGAUCCUCUUGGUCAGCGAUAUUGUAUUGAUUUGGAGGUUCAAUUGCUGGUGCCAUUGGGACUGGUGGAUUGUCGUAGGGCAAAAUUUCUGGAAUAUGUAAGUUGCUGUAAAUUCUGGUGGCUGUGGUGGUUGACAGAUACUUCACACCUG